AGGACAGACCCGCUGGGAGUGUGGCUGCCGCUCCUUGCCCGGCGGAGAGCACAUGGCCCCUGCAGCUGUCACUCAGGCGCCUCCUUCUCCUCCCCCUGCUGGACACGCGCGGGCACGGCGCGGCCUCCCCUUGCUCUCACCCAGCGCUGGGCCAGCAGCGGGGAGGAGGAGCGGAGCAGCCACUGCUGCCGCCGGAGUCGGCGGGGAGGGUUGGUGAAGCACUGGCUGGCCCCGCUCCCCUCCUGUGCUGCCGGGCAUGAGCCCCGGCUCCCUCUCCUGCCCGUGCGGUGCCAGCAGCCGCGGGGCUCGGGGAGAGGCGACCUUCCGAGGGGGCCGCUGGGGCGGGAGAUGCGCUUGUUCCCAGCGGCGCCAGGAGCAGUAUGUUCCCCGAUGCCGACAGCACUAGCAGCAGCGGGCAGCCCGAGUCGGCGGGCGCCGCACUCUCCGGCGCCCCGGGAGCGCACAGCCCCGGCGGCCAGUCCUGCCGCAGCAGCGCCCCCGCGGCAGACGCCGUCGCCGGCGGGGAGGAGGAGGCGGACGACGAGGAAGAGGAGGAGGAGGAUCCCGGCUCGUCCCGCCUGAUGCUGGCGGCCGGGCUGGGGCUGCUGGCAGUGUCCGUGUUCCACCUGGGGCGGGCGGAGGCGGGGGACGGGGGGCAACCGUGCCUGGCCCUGCUGCUGUUGCGGGUGGCCCUCUACCUGGGCUGCGCGGCGGCCGCCUUCCUGCUUGGUACCUUGCUCGCCUUGAGCUGCCCGACGCGCGGCCGCCUCCGGCCCCCGCUGGACUUCCCCGCCGCCUGGAGUCGCGAGCCGAGGGAGGACGCUCCGCUCCUGCGGGCAGCCACGAGUCAUUUGUCUGGAAAUGCACAUGAAUCGCUUCAGUCUAGGAGAGUGGUCAUUUCUCAUAACAUGGAUAAAGCUCUGAAAGAAGUGUUUGACUACAGCUACAGAGAUUACAUUCUAUCCUGGUAUCGGCACUUCAGCAAAGAUGAAGGACAGCUAUACCACCUGCUAUCUGAAGAUUUCUGGGAAAUCGCCAAGCAGCUGCGACAGAGGCUGAGUCACAUUGAUGUAGUGAAAGUUGUCUGCAGCGAUGUAGUGAAAACUUUACUCACACACUUCUGUGACCUUAAAGCAGCCAAUGCCAGGCAGGAGGAGCAGCCAAGACCAUUUUUACUCCAUCCAUGCUUGAGGAACUCUGACGAAGAAGUAAGAUUCCUGCAAUCAUGUUCUCAAAUUCUGGUGUAUUGUCUCCUACCCUCAAAGGAUUCCCAGUCUCUCAGCUUGCGCAUAGUCCUUGCAGACAUACUUGCAACAAAAGUACUGAAGCCAAUGGUGGAGCUGCUGAGUGAUCCAGAUUACAUCAACCAAAUGCUGCUCAGCCAGAUGGAGUACAGAGAACAGGUGAAUGAGCAUCACAAGAAAGACUACACAUAUGCUCCUUCCUAUGAGGAGUUCAUCAAGCUCAUUAACAGCAACUCUGACGUUGAAUUCCUGAAACAACUAAGGUAUCAAAUCGUAGUGGAAAUAGUUCAAGCAACCACAAUCAGCAACUUUCCCCAAAUGAAGAGACAGAAAGAUACUAAAGGUAAAGAAACUGCUGCAAUGAAAGCUGACCUCUUGAGGGCCCGCAAUGUGAAAAGGUACAUUAAUCAGCUGACUGUGGCAAAGAAGCAGUGUGAGAAGAGAAUAAGGCUUCUAGGAGGUCCGGCUUAUGACCAGCAGGAAGAUGGUAUCUCUGAUGAGGGGGAUGGCCCUCAGAGCCAGAAGAUUCUUCAGUUUGAGGAUAUUUUGGCCAACCCAUCCUACCGAGAGCACUUUCGACUGUACAUGGAAAGGAUGGACAAGAGGGCUUUGAUUAGCCUUUGGGAGUCCGUGGAAUAUCUGAAGAAUGCUAACAAGACUGAAAUACCUCAACUAGUGAGUGAAAUUUAUCAGAAUUUCUUUGUGGAAAGCAGAGAAAUCCCUGUGGAAAAGUCACUUUACAAAGAAAUACAGCAAAGUCUUGUGGGCAAUAAAGGCAUUGAAGUUUUCUACAAAAUUCAGACUGAUGUUUAUGAAACACUAAAGGACAGGUACUACCCCUCCUUCAUUGUCAGUGAUUUGUAUGAGAGGCUGAUCAAUAAGGAAGAAGAGAGAAUUGCAGUUCAGUUGACUUCAGAGGACAAGGAUGAAGCGAGCCAAGGUUGCGAAGAAGUUAUUGAUGAAUGCAGCGCAAGAAUUAAUGAACAGGCCAAUUAUGCUGUAAAUAAACUUCGCCAGCUAAAUGACAAACUUGAAUAUAAGAGACAGGCUCUUAAUUCCAUAUGUAAUUCACCAAAACCUGACAAAAAGAUUGUUUCCAAAUUGAAGGAUGAAAUUUCUCUGAUAGAGAGAGAACACAGUGACCUUCGGUUGCACAUUGCAAGAACAGAUUGGUGGUGUGAAAAUCUUGGCAUGUGGAAAGCCUUCAUAAAUACAGGCGAGGUUAUAGAAGAAAAUGGGGAACAAGUGCCCUGCUACUUUGUCAUGGUGAGUUUACAAGAAGUUGAUGGAGCUGAAACUAAGAACUGGAGAGUUCCCAGAAAGCUCAGUGAGUUUCAGAAUCUACACCGAAAACUCAGUGAGUGUUUUCCAUCAUUAAAGAAAGUUCAGUUGCCUUCUCUCAGUAAGCUGCCGUUCAAAUCUGUAGAUCAGAAAUUCAUGGAAAAGUCCAAGAACCAGUUAAAUAGCUUCUUACAGAAGCUGCUUUCUGAUGAAAGACUGUGUCAGAGCGAAGUACUUUAUGCCUUUUUGAGCCCAUCUCCUGAGCACCUCAAAGUUAUUGAUGUGCAAGGAAAGAAAUCUGCUUUUUCUCUGUCAUCAUUUCUGGAAAGACUUCCUGGUGAUUUCUUUCCUCAUCAAGAGGAGGAGGCAGAAGAGGAUAGUGACCUGUCAGACUAUGGAGAUGAAGUGGAUGGUAAACGAGAUGCUCUUGCUGAGCCGUGCUUCAUGCUGAUUGGAGAGAUUUUUGAGCUGCGAGGAAUGUUUAAGUGGGUCAGAAAGACACUAAUUGCACUAGUACAAGUCACGUUUGGAAGAACUAUCAACAAACAAAUACGUGACACAGUAAGCUGGAUAUUCAGCGAGCCAAUGCUUGUUUACUACAUCAGUGUAUUCCGAGAUGCUUUCUGGCCAAAUGGAAAAUUAGCAGCCCCAACAAGAUGCAAAGGUGAAGAGCAAAGUCAGGAGACAAAACAGAGAGCACAGCAAAAACUACUUGAAAACAUUCCAGAUACUCUACAGAGCCUUGUUGGACAACAAAAUGCCCGUCAUGGUAUAAUCAAAGUGUUCAAUGCACUGCAAGAAACUAGAGCCAAUAAGCAUCUACUGUAUACACGAUACCACGGCAAGCAUGGAGCCCGCUCAUCUUACCGCUGCUGUUGUGAGCAUUGUAAACACCUUGUGCAUUAUCCUGCAGUAUGUGCAGAAGCAGAACCCGCAAAAGCAGGCAAGGAGGCGACGACAGCGCGAUCACAAUAGUGAUGAGGACAUGGAUACAGACUUCUCUCAAAGCACACAGGCCCUGGCAAUUUGGACAUCAUGGUGGUAAUGGGGCAGGUUCAUGCCAUGGAAUGCCAUUUCUGGGCCUAGGAAACAAGCACAGACUUGUGGGACCAUAUAGUGUUGCAGAUCUGGGAUGAUUCCCAGUGGCUGCAAAAUUUUUGCUUGCGUAAGGACACUUUCAUGGAACUUUGUGACUUGCUUUCCCCUGCCCUGAAGCACAAGAAUACCAAGAUGAGAGCAGCCCUCACAGUUGAGAAGUGAGUGGCGAUAGCCUUCUGGAAGCUUGCAGUGCCAGACAGCUUCCAGUCAGUUGGGAAUCAAUUUGGAGUGGGUAACUCUGCUGUGGGGGCGGCUGUGAUCCAAGUAGCCAAUGCAAUCACUGAGCUGCUGCUGUCAAGGGUAGUGACUCUGGGAAAUGUGCAGGUCAUAGUGGAUGGCUUUGCUGCAAUGGGAUUCCCUAACUGUGGUGGGGCGAUAGAUGGAACACAUAUCCUUGUCUUGGGACCGGACCACCUUGGCAGACAGUACAUAAACUGCAAGGGGUAAUUUUCAAUGGUGCUGCAAGCAUUGGUGAGUCACAAGGGACGUUUCACUGACAUCAACAUGGGAUGGCUGAGAAAGGUACAUGACACUCGCAUCUUCAGGAACUCUGGUCUGUUCGAAUAGCUUCAGGAAGGGACUUACUUCCCAGACCAGAAAAUAACUGUUGGGGACUUUGAAAUGCCUUUAGUUAUCCUUGGGACCCAGCCUACCCCUUUACUCAUGAAGCCAUACACAGGCAUCUUGUACAGUAAUAAGGAGUUGUACAACUAUAGGCUGAGCAAGUGCAGAAUAGCAGUAGAAUGUGCAUUUGGACGUUUAAAAGUGCGCUGGUGCAGUUUAUUGACUUGGUUAGACGUCAACGAAACCAAUAUUGCAAUUAUAAUUGCUGCUUGCUGUGUGCUCCACAAUAUCAGAGAGUAAGGGGGAGAUGUUUAUGGCGGGGUAGGAGGUUGAGGCAAAUCGCCUGGCCACUGAUUACAUGCAGCCAGAUACCAGGGCGAUUAGAAGAUCACAGUAGGGCGCGCUGUGCAUCAGAGAAGCUUUGAAAACCAGUUUAAUGACUGGCCGGGCUAUGGUGUUACAGUUCUGUUUGUAUCUCCUUGAUGAAAAUCUGCCCCCUUGUUUCAUUCUACUUCCCUGUAAGCCAACCGCCCUCCCCGCUUUGAUCUCCGCUUGCAGAGGCAAUAAAGUCAUUGUUGUUUC